UAGCGCACGGCAGAUUCACAGCCCCCCUCCUCCCUCCUCCCCGUUCGGUUUCCCACGAGAUCCGACCGCCGACCACCCCGAGCCCCGCCGGCCGGAAGCCCGCCGGCGCGUCGAGAAGCGAAGGGGGAGAGAUGGGGUGGGGCGUGGUGGUCUACGAGGGCACGGUGGUGGGGGCGUCGCUGGUGGGGCUGGGGUGGGCGGGGCUGUGGUUCCUCAACCGGCGGCUGUACAAGGAGUACGAGGAGCGGCGGGCGCUGGUGCAGAUCCUCUUCGGCCUCGUCUUCGCCUUCUCCUGCAACCUCUUCCAGCUCGUCCUCUUCGAGAUCCUCCCCGUCCUCUCCAAGCACGCGCGCUUCCUCAACUGGCACCUCGACCUCUUCUGCCUCAUCCUCCUCCUCGUCUUCCUCCUCCCCUACUACCACUGCUACCUGCUGCUCCGCAACUCAGGGGUGAGGAGGCAGCGGGCCUGCCUCGCCGCGGCCCUCUUCCUGACCAUCUUCCUCUACGGGUUCUGGCGCAUGGGGAUUCACUUCCCCAUGCCUUCUCCAGAGAAAGGUUUCUUCACGAUGCCGCAGUUGGUUAGUAGGAUUGGCGUAAUUGGAGUGACUGUCAUGGCUGUUCUUUCUGGUUUUGGUGCGGUCAAUCUGCCAUACAGCUACCUGUCUCUCUUUAUCAGGGAAAUUGACGAAAUGGACAUCAAAGCUUUGGAGCGGCAGCUGAUGCAAUCCAUGGAGUCAUCUAUUGCUAAGAAAAAGAAAAUUAUUCUGUCCAAAAUGGAGAUGGAGAGGAUUCAAGGAUCAGAGGAGAAGCUUAAAGCCAGAUCAUUUCUGAAGCGUAUAGUUGGAACAGUUGUUCGAUCUGUGCAGGAAGAUCAAACCGAGCAGGAUAUCAAAAACUUGGAAGCAGAGGUCCAGGGGUUGGAAGAGCUUUCCAAACAGCUAUUCCUUGAGAUAUAUGAACUACGUCAAGCUAAGAUAGCUGCUGCUUAUUCCCGAACCUGGAGAGGACAUUUUCAGAAUCUGCUAGGCUAUGCCUUGUCAGUAUAUUGUGUUUAUAAGAUGCUCAAGGCCUUGCAGAGUGUAGUCUUUAAAGCGGCUGGCUCUGUUGAUCCGGUAACCAUGACGAUUACCAUUUUCUUGAGGCAUUUUGAUAUUGGUAUCGAUGUCACGCUAUUAUCACAGUACAUAUCUUUGUUGUUCAUCGGGAUGUUGGUUGGCAUAUCUAUUCGAGGUUUCUUGGCAAAUGUUAUGAAGUUCUUCUUUGCUUUUUCUAGAGUUGGGACCGGCUCAACAACAAAUGUCGUCCUUUUCUUAUCUGAGAUCAUGGGCAUGUAUUUCAUAUCUUCUAUUCUUCUGAUAAGGAAAAGCCUGGCAAAUGAGUACAGGGUGAUCAUCACAGAUGUUUUGGGCGGUGACAUUCAGUUUGACUUCUACCACCGCUGGUUUGAUGCAAUAUUCGUGGCGAGCGCGUUCUUGUCCUUGCUUUUGAUUUCAGCCCAGUACACCUCCCGGCAAGCAGACAAGCAUCCAAUUGAUUGAUGCGUCUUGUCCCACUUGUGCAUAGUGUUCUUUUUAACCACCAUCUGUCCAAGGUUGACACAUUCUUUAAAAUCAGUUCACAAAAGGGGGUUGUUUCUUAGGAGACCUCUACACACAUUGUUACGGAAAUUAUAGUGGUACAUCAGUUAACUCGAAGGCGACUGUUCGCUUGAAAGUUUGUUCGCAAGUUGGCGUUGAAUCAUCAUUAACAGCUCCUCCAUAGUUUUCAAGCCAUCAGUGCUGGCCCUGCAGUAGUCAGAAAAGUGUUGCGUGGUGAUGCUGCAACAGGGCAGGUUGCAAUGCUUUUGUCAAGACAAGCGAGGAAGCCGCCCUCUUAGGAAUGGCGAAGGAUGGUGUAAUAUGGCUUUGGAAUAGCGUGUUAGCAUCGUCUGCAGUUGAUGUACCUUCCACAAUUCUUUGAGCUGUCGUGCUGUAUUUGCCACAACUUUAAAAAGAAAAGAUUACCAGUAUUCAUGUGAUCAUUAAUCUCUUCCGAAGUACUCCCAUAUAGGAGCGUUUAGAUCACUAAAAAAGUGAUCUAAACGCGCUUAUAUUUCUUUAGGGGGGAGUACUACCUCUGUAAACUAAUAUAAGACCUUUUUAAGAUGGGAGUAUAAGUCAUUA